AUGAACUUCGCCUUUCGUGUGGAACCUCUUGCCUUUCAUUGGUUGAAUGCAACCGCUGUUCGUCGCGCUCAAAGGGCGUUGAUUCAGUCCAAAACUUAUGCAUUUGAUCGUAAUGUUGGCAUUCAGAAAGAGAUAUCGAAGAAAAGACAGGAUGUCCUACUUGGAGGUGGCGCUGAACGGAUAGCUGCUCAACACAAAAAAGGGAAGCUUACUGCACGUGAGAGAAUAGAUCUUCUUCUUGACGAUGGUAGCUUUACGGAGUACGACGCAUUUGUUGAGCAUGAUUGCACCAACUUCGCUAUGGACAAAUGUAAAAUUCCUUGCGAUAGCGUUGUUACUGGACGCGGUACAAUUCACGGUCGCACUGUUUUCUUGUUCAGCCAGGACUUCACUGUCUUCGGUGGCACGUUGAGUAUGGCCCACGCAAGGAAGAUCUGUAAAGUUAUGGAUCAGGCUCUAGUUGUCGGUGCUCCAGUAAUCGGCCUUAAUGACUCUGGUGGUGCCCGUAUCCAGGAGGGUGUGGCGUCUCUUGCUGGCUAUGCAGAAAUCUUUCAGCGGAACGUUAAUGCCUCUGGCGUUGUUCCCCAGAUAUCUCUCCUUCUCGGGCCUUGUGCUGGUGGCGCCGUCUACUCACCCGCUUUGACUGACUUCGUUUUUAUGGUCAAUGAUACCUCUCACCUUUUUGUCACUGGUCCUGAUGUUAUCAAACAAGUAACUAACGAAAGUGUUAUCUCGGAGGAUCUUGGUGGCGCGAGAACGCACACAACCAUCUCUGGAGUUGCUCACAACGCUUUCGACAACGACGUCGAUGCUCUCCUGAAUCUGCGCGAAUUCAUGUCGUAUCUACCUUCGAAUAACCGUGAGGCUGCCCCCAUUCGUGAGUGUCACGACCCUGUUGAUCGCAUGGUUCCAUUUCUUGAUUCAGUCGUGCCUUUUGAUCCCACAACCCCCUAUAACAUCCUUGAUGUCAUUCGCGCCAUCGUGGAUGAGCGUGAGUUCUUUGAAAUCAUGCCCAACUACGCCAAAAACAUCGUAGUCGGUUUCUCUCGCCUUGGUGGUCAGACGGUCGGUGUUGUCGCUAACCAGCCAUGUGUUGCUGCCGGCUGCCUAGACAUCAAUGCAUCCGUGAAGGCCGCCCGCUUUGUCCGUUUCUGUGACGCUUUCAACAUCCCACUGAUAACUUUCGUUGACGUUCCCGGAUUCUUACCCGGCACCGUCCAGGAAUACGGCGGCAUCAUACGUCACGGGGCCAAGCUCAUAUUUGCUUACUCCGAGGCCACUGUGCCAAAGCUUACUGUCAUUCUUCGCAAGGCCUAUGGCGGUGCCUACUGCGUGAUGAGCUCCAAGCAUCUCCGCGGUGAUGUUAACUAUGCUUGGCCCACAGCUGAGAUUGCUGUGAUGGGAGCUAAGGGCGCUGUACAAAUUAUUUUUCGUAAUGAGGAGGACAAGUCGAAGGCCGAGGAGGACUAUUCGCGCGCAUUCGCGAAUCCUUUCCCGGCCGCCGCUCGUGGUUUCAUCGAUAGCAUUAUUGAUCCGCGAACAACUCGGCUUCGUCUCUGCUCUGAUCUCGUCAUGCUGCGGCGCAAACGUCUCGAGAAUCCAUGGAAGAAGCAUGCAAAUAUGCCUUUGUAG